UGCAGUCGUGUGAUGAGUCAGCUGUAAGGCAUCAAUAAUCCACCACAGGCCAAAAGACAGAAGACUAAAAUAGGAUAAGCGAGACGAAAUCUGAUUGGACGCACAAAUUCAGUGAUUCGUGAAUUUUAACGAUUUUGCGACAAGAUCUUGAUACUCAGACAUAAUUUCGACUACCGCCAACGACCAAAAGAAUUUCCUCAAUUCACACUCACCAACCCGUCAAGAUGUCUCAAUACGUUUCCGCUGAUUUGAUCUGGGAGGUUACCAGAUCCCAGAACGCUUACUUGGUCAAGCGCUCAACUGGUGGUGGAAGCACCUUCUCCAGAGACCCCUUGAACUUGACCAACAAGCACUCCAGAAAGUAUGCUGGUUUCGUCAACGACAAGGCCGUUGGUGUUGUCCCAUCUGAGAAGGGUGUUACUUUGAUCACCAAGAAGACCUCUGCCAGCCAAAAGCCAGCAUCCAGCUUGAACAAGACCACCUACAGCAAGUCCGGCAGAAAGACCUUCGCUGGUGUCGCAAAGACCGUCGCCCAAGGUGGAUACAGAUCUGACCUCCGUGCUGAAGCCGUCGCCCGUUCCUCCGCUAUCCUCGAAUCCCAAACCCCUAAGAAAGAUGCCCCAGCACCAAAGCUUAGAGGAUCCAAGGCCGCCAAGGCUGCUGAGAAGGAAGAGUAAAGGAUACCAAUUUGAUAUGGUUGGGGAAUGGGGGAAUUGAUUAUUGUUCAAUUGGUAGGGUCUAGUCUGGUUCCUCAGGUACUCUUAAUGAGUGGAGUGGUCUAUUUUAUGACAUUUGAGACAGACAUACAAACUAGUUUUCAAUGAAUCGGUUACAUCAUGACGGCUUUUGGAAAUCUGGAUGGAGUUCAAAGUGAUGGUUGUGAAGUGAUUGUGAGACUAGAUGGUGGAGUUCAUAGAUCGUUUACAAACGGAAGGAAAGCUCACGCAAUCGGCAUCACAAUCCACAACGGAAGAGUACUCAUCCCAUUCCAGAGCUCAAUUUGCGAUAUACGGACAUGUGAAUGUGAUGACCGGAACAACUCGUAGAGCUUUCUCCCCUAAUAAUGCACAUGUCUUUUGCAAGAACGAUAGACGCGUCCGUAGAUUUCCGAAGCGAAGGGAAUUAUGCCUCGGUCAGUAAACAAUUAGAUAGCCGUUUCCCCAGACUUACCCAAGGUUACGUAUUGAUGGGUAGAUUUCGGAGGAGAU